AUGAUGCACCAGCCGGCAUUUGAUUAUUUGAGGACGAAGAAAGCGCUUGGUUACAUUGCUGGUUCAAGAGAAUGGUCGAGAAGUGGCGUCAAGGCAAUCGCUAUUGAAUGCAACACAAAUGUCAAUAGAGUCUCUGUCGAAGAAGUAGAAGCUCUCAUGACCAAGUGCGCCGUCUUGAUGUUGAAGCAGUUCGAAGCGCUUUCUGAUGAGCAGUACAAGACUUCAAAGGCUGCUUAUGUGAAACUUCUUGCAAAACCAGCGGAUAGCAUGGAUCAUUACUUUGGAACAAACCAGAUUGAAAUUUACGAUGGUACUCAACGUUUCAGCCGGAAAGAAGAAGAGUCUGCUGAGCUGAUGAAAGUAACAAAGCAAGAGUUUGUCGACUUUUUCAAAGAAUACAUCAUCAACAACAAACGACGAAUGUUCGUUGCCGUUGAGGGAUGUUCCCAGCACACCCGACCUGAUGGGCUUUUCAAGCACUUACCUCUUGAAAAUGCAGACUACACUCAAAUAUCAGACUUUGCAUCGAUGUCUUCUUCCUUCUACUAG